UUCUCAUUUAAUGUUUCUUUAUUUUCAUAACUAUUUGACAGAUUCUCAAAACUAUGAAUGAACACGUGGAAUUAUGUACUUAACAAAAAAUGUCAAUAACUGAAUAUGUCUUAUUUUUAUGUGUUAGCAUUUUUGAUAGCUGCAAACCUUUCUCUUAAUGAGCCUGACGAGGUAGUUUUCACUUGUCUGUACUUGGUUCCAUUGGUUCAAUUGGUUCCAUCGGUUCAAUUGGUUCCAUCGAAACGAACAGCCAAGUGUUUACAAUAAGUGUUUCUGCCUUUAUUUUCCAACAUAAAAGUGUCCUAAAGAGUGAUUGCAGUUGGGAGCCUCUUGUCCUUUAUGACGGAGCCCAAGCAUGCAGGGUGCAGGCCAGCUGGAUACGGGACCGCCCUGCACACCCACCCUGCCUCCCCUUUUGGGCCCCUCCUUCGGGGAGGAGAACUUGGUUAAACGCCACUUUUACUGCGCUGUCAUGUUUCUCACAGGCCACAGAAGAGACACCGAGACCGCCAGAAACCAUCUUCGUGGAUGCGUGGAGUUUUUACCCCAAGUUUUUACCUAAAGAAAGUUUUCUCGUUCCUUUGCUUCCAUGGGCAGAUAAUCUUCUUUCUGUUCUGUGGUGAAACUCUGACGUUGGGUCGAAAUGCAGCUGAGGACUGUCCUUGAUGUCAAUGUUGUGGAUGUCCAGAAGAGAAGGAAUCCGUCCAAACACUACGUGUACCUUGUCAACGUGACCUACUCGGAUUCCAAUUCCCACGUCAUCUACAGGAGAUACAGCAAAUUUUUUGACCUGCAGAUGCGGAUUCUUGACAAAUUCCCCGUUGAAGGAGGACAGAAGGACCCCAAAAAGCGGAUUAUUCCUUUCUUGCCAGGUAAAGUCUUGUUUCGUCGAAGUCACAUCAGAGAUGUAGCUGUCAAAAGACUCAAGCACUUGGACAACUAUUGCAAAGCUCUGAUGAAGCUUCCCACCCACAUUUCCCAAAGCGAGGAGGUUCUGAAGUUCUUCGAGACCAAGUCAGAGGACCUCAACCCUCCCACUGAAGACUGCGGCGGCUCUGGUAGAUGCAAAUCAGGUUUGGACUCGUCGGACCACAUGCUUCUGGAGCAGUAUGUGGUGGUGGCCAGUUACGAGAAGCAAGAGCCUGCGGAAAUCAGCCUGCAAGCGGGUGAAGUGGUCGACGUCAUUGAGAAGAGCGAGAGCGGCUGGUGGUUUGUCAGCACUGCAGAGGAGCAGGGAUGGGUGCCCGCCACCUAUCUUAACUCCCACAGCGGCACUCGGGAUGACAUAGAGCUCGGCGCCUCCAAAUCCGGGCAAGAAGAGAAGUAUAUCACAGUGCAACCUUACACCAGCCAGGGCAAGGAUGAAAUAGCAUUUGAGAAAGGAGUGACUGUAGAAGUGAUUCAAAAGAACCUGGAAGGCUGGUGGUUUAUCAGGUACCAGGAUAAGGAGGGCUGGGCUCCAGCAUCUUACCUGAAGAAGCUGAGAGAGGACCUCUCGCCACAGAAAAAGACUGUGACCAGUCCGGUGGAGAUCAUUGGCAACAUUAUGGAGAUCAGCAAUCUACUCAACAAAAAAGCCCCAAGCGAGCAAGAUGCAGAGGCACUCUCAGAGACCCCGCAGGUCACUCAGAAGGAGAUCAGCUUGCCAGUGCUGCGUUCUAACUCCAGCCCUGUCAGCGGUAUCCAGGACAGCAAAGGAACAGAAGAGCAGGCCUCACCAGCUGUGGCCCGCAUCUCACCUCAUCGGGUGGAAAUUGGUUCCCCAAUCCUCAGGCAAAAACCUCCCCCCCGCAGAGAUGCAACCCUGGGAUUUCCUUUGCCAUCACCACCAGAGCCACCUACAGUCGAAGCAGAGUAUUACACCAUUGCAGAGUUCCAGUCUUGCAUAUCUGAUGGGAUCAGUUUCAACGGGGGCCAAAAAGCAGAAGUGAUUGAGAAGAACUCUGGAGGCUGGUGGUAUGUUCAGAUAGGAGAGAGGGAGGGCUGGGCUCCAUGUUCCUACAUUGAUAAACGCAAGAAGCCCAACCUGAAUCGUAGGACAAGCACACUAUGCCGCCCCAAAGUUCCCCCCCCGGCUCCACCUGUGAAAAAACAGGAUUCAGUGGAGACGGCCCCUCCCAGCAGCCCUGGUUCUGAGGCUCCAGAGUCUCCCAUGUCUCCAGGGAGGCCUGUGUAUGAAGAGCCGGAAUAUGAUGUUCCAGCUAUCGGUGAUCUGGACCUGGAGUCUGAGUUUGAGUUUUUGAGAGGCGAAGCUUCCUUGGUGGAUGGAAAGAAUGAGGACACUUCUUCCGACAAGGGUUCCCAGCUCUCCUCCAAACCCUCUCCGGCGUCAUCACUCCACAGUGCCUCCUUCAGGAUGGGGGAGUCAUUUGAAGAUGGUCACGAGGCAGAGGGAGAGGAAGAGUGUAUAUAUGAGAACGAUGGCUUCCGUCUCUUCAGGGAGACCCCUGUGAGGCAAUGCAGUCAGGAGUCCAUUUCCUCCAAGACGAGUGUCUCAUCAGAAACUGGCAAGAAAACCCCCAAAUCAGGGGGGUUGAAAUCUGCAGCAAACAAACUCAACAUUGACUUGAACGGAAGCCGACAGUCAGCCAAAAGUGAGGAGGGAUCCAGUUCAAAAUCAGCCUCCAAUGAGUCAACCCCAGAUAUGUCAAGACCCAAGAAAGAUCAAGAGGAAAGCAAAGCCUCCCUCAACACCAAAUCCUCCUCCAAACCGAAGCCAGUGGUGAGGCCUAAGCCACAGCUGGCAAAGGCGUCCAGUGGAGAUAAAAUGGACAUCAGCACCUUGAGAAGACAGCUGCGUCCCACAGGGCAGCUUAAGAGCAGCGCUAAAACCAAAGGAGAGGACUCUGAGACUGCCUCUGUUGUCUCCUCUGAGGAUUCCUUCUCUUCUCAGAGCACGUCCUCAGAGUUCUCCUCCAUCUAUUCCAAAGGUAGUAGGGGAGAUUCCGACCUGGAAGGCUGCGUCCUCUAUCGCACCACCGACCCCUAUGAGAGGGUCCAAGAGUCGGAGCUGAGCUUCCCUGCGGGGGUGGAGGUGCUGGUGCUGGAGAAGCAGGAGAGCGGCUGGUGGUACAUUCGGUGGGGCGACGUCGAAGGUUGGGCACCGACAUACUAUCUGGAGCCCGUGCACCAGCAAGAUGACAUGGGGGGAUCAGAAUCCGAUGGCACUCCUUCAAAACCUGGCAGCCUCAGCAAGUCCAACAGCCUGGAGAAGAAUGAGCAAAGGGUCCAAGCCAUGAACAACCUCAACCAAAACUUAAAGAAAGUGACUCCACCCAUCCCCUCCAAGCCUCCGGGUGGUCUUUCAAAACCGACUGGCUUGUUUGGGUCACGCAAACAGAACGGCGGCAAACAGCAGCAGGUUGUUCGUCCUCAGUCUGUCUUCAUCUCAGCUCCCAUUAGGGAUAGUCCAAGCCCUGUCGGCUCUCUAAGGAGAAACGAGUCCCUCAACUCCACCAACCACCCUCGCUCCACUCCCACCGUGCGACGCAACGCCUCCUUUGGCACGAUGCCCCGCAGCCUGGCACCCAACAACAUAGUGCUGCCGAGCAGGAACCAAACCGUCACAGGUAGCUCAGAAUUCCUGGGCAGCAGCCCUCAUAAGAGCGCCCCCCCUGUGUCCACAGUAAGACCUAAACCCCACAUCAUCCUCAACAACCUCAGAGAGGUCUACAUCUCUAUAGCAGAUUACCACGGUGACGAGGAGACAAUGGGAUUCCCAGAGGGGACCAGUCUGGAGGUUCUCGAGAGAAACCCCAAUGGUUGGUGGUAUUGCAAGGUGCUGGACAGCGGCAGGCCAAGGAAAGGGUGGGUUCCUUCUAAUUACCUCGAGAAAAAGCAUUAGUGUGUUUGGAGCUGGCAGAACUCUGAACAAGAAGACUACUUACUUUUAUUUCGCAGAAGAACCCCAAAACGUGCCGCCAAUCAGGAAAUUGCAAGAGGAGCAAAGCUAAAGAGGAAACACCAAAAGUGGAACUUAAUGCUUCAGUGGCGCCUUUCACACAGCAAAAGCAAUUUCAAAAUCUCGAGAGCAAUUGUGGCCACACACACUCAGUAGUAGAGUCUGUAUGAAAGGCACGGCCAAAUGAAUGUCACAUUUACAGUUUGCGCUUGGAUGCAGCAAAUCUCUUGUGUGAAAGGGACUCGUGAUGAAGUUGUCACCCUGUCAUUGUGUCAUUUUGUACAACGUUUUCUUUGAAGCAUUUAAAGCUUACUGCAUGAUUGAAGUGAUUCAUUAUACUGACAAUGCCUUGAGCUGUUUAAUGUUACAUUUUUCUUUUGCUGCUAAGUGUUAGCCACAUCUUGGUGCUGUCUAUUUGCAUGUUUUUAUAUAUUUUUCUUUGGUACUGUAUGCCACCAAUACACCUAAUAUCUUAACCAUUCAGCUGUCAUUUUCUUUGUGAGCAUCUCUCAUCAUCACAAUUUGCUUUGAUAGUAAAUAACUUGAUGGGUUACCAGGAAUACAAAGUCUGGGGAAAACCAAAGUCCAACCCUGUAUUUAUUCUUUUUUUUCCAUUUAUUUUUAAAUUUGACUGAUUUUUCAUCAACAACAUAUCUUCUAAUGAUCCGAUCAUUUAAAAAAUUUCUGCUGGGCAGUAAUUUUGACCAUUUUUUAGUCUAACUUUAGAUGCUCACGUUUGUUUCGUGUUUACAUUGUGACUAAGCAGCAAUAACUAAAGUACCUGAAAAUGAAAAUAAAUGCACUUUUGAACCGUUCUGUCAUUGUUCGUUG